AUGAAUCAGCAUAAAAUAAAAGAUUUAUCAGAAGAAGAUCAAACAAAAAUUUACAAAAUACUGUUAUUAACUUAUUUAAAAAGAUUAUCAAAAUAUCAGGAUCAAAUAAAAAAUAUUUAUUUUAAUAAUAUUAUUUCGGGUAUAAAAUAUGAUGUAAAUGAUUGUCUUUUAAAUGAACAUGUUUCAUCACAGCAUUGUUUCAUAGAUACAUUAAUUAAAUCAAAUGAAAAUCAUGAGUUCUUAAAAAGCCUUCAGUUACUAGAAAAAAAAUCUAAUACAAAAGAAAAUGAGAUAGCUGAAGAAAUUAGUGACGUUAACAAUUAUGUUAACUAUACACAAACAAAUAAUGAUAUCAUAAAUAAUGAACAAAAUGAAAAUAAUCAAAGAAAUCAAAGGACAUUAUUUAAUAAUUAUAUAAUGGAAAUAAUGGAGAGAUCUCAUAUAUUUUUAUUAAUUAAAAUUUUAUUUGUUUUAUUCUUAUUUGAAGCCAAUUCUAAGGUAUAUUUUAUUGUAUCAGGAAUGUUUAUAUUAUAUAAUAGAGGAUUUUUUGAUUUUAUAAUUAAUAACUUUAAUUUUAUGUCUAGUAAUGAAACAAUAGAACAAAUUUUAAGAAGAAUGAGUGAAUCAAGAAAUUUAAAUAAUAAUGAACUUAAUUAUAAUAAUGAAGAAAACAAUAAUUCCAAUGAGGUGAUGGAGGAAAAUAAUGAGCAUGCAAAUAAUAAAGAAAACGAUAUUAACAAUUUAGAUUCACCAUUAAAUAAUAUAUAUAAAGAAAAUGAUAAAACCAUAGAUGAGAAAUUAAAUACAGAAAAUGAAUUAUUAUCCUUUUUAAAUAUGGGAAAUGAUACAUGCCAAAUUAGUGAUGGAGAAUACGUUGAUAAUAAAUGGGAUAAUGAUAAUGACAGUGAAUUUAAUGAGAGUUUGGGAAAAAUCAAUAAGAAUAAUAUUACUAAUACGAAAAAUAUGGACAAACAAUUAAAAAGGAAAAAUAUUAGUUUAUAUGAAAAUAAUAAUGGCAACGAAUUCAGUGAAAAUCUUUAUUUUAAUUCUAAUGAAAAUUCCGAAGAAGAAAAUAAAAAUAAUUUUUAUCCAUUUAAAAAAAUUGCGAAAACUUAUGAUAAAAUAGGAUCAAAAAUUGCGAAUAACUCGUAUGAAACAUAUGCCUCAUCUCAUAAACUACUAAAUUUAAAUGAAUGUAAGGAUGAGAUAGUUCAAGAAGAUAUAAUAAAUUCACGUAUAUUCUGUACAAAUAUAAAAGAAAAAGAAAACAUUCGUAAUUUCAACACAGAAGAUAUUUCAAAUGAUUCUUUUAAUAAAAUAAAAGAUAGUAAUAAUGAUAAAAGGAAUAUUUUGGAAUCAGCUAUCAGAAGAAGAAAAAAAAAAAAUAAAAUAAAUUUAAAUGACAGUUCUAAUAGUUUUAAUAAUAUAUUAAAUAAUAGUAUGAGUGAACUAAUAGCCUCAGAUUAUGAGGAUUCAGCAGACAACUUAGAUACAAAUGAAUCUAAUUCAAGUAAUGUUUCUUCUGAUAAAAAAAAACAAUUAAUUCAAAAUAGAGAAAGCCAACAAACUAGUAAUGGAGAAAUAACUAGAAGAAAGCCAACUAAAUUAGAAAAAUAUAUUUAUCAAUCAGUAGUCAUGUUUUUCAUGACAUUAUUGCCAUGGUGGGUGCCAGAUGUUGCUUACUUGGAAGAAUAA